CUGUUUUCCUAAACAUGGGAAGAUACCUACUUCCUGCCUUUGCGCUACUUUUGCUGUUAGCUCAAAUUAUUCCACAAAGUCAGUUAUGUCUGUGUGCAAAUUCACCCGUUGCCUGCAUAGGAAAAGAGAGAGAAGCUCUUCUCAAAUUCAAAGCCUCCUUAACCUCUGAUCAAUCAAAGAGGCUUCCGUCGUGGAAAGGUAUUGAUUGUUGCCAGUGGGAGGGAAUAGCCUGCGACAAUGUGACUGGACAUGUUGUCAAACUUGAUCUCCGAAAUCCUUGUUCGCCUCCAUCUUGGCCAAAACAACAAUUUUUCGAUCCUCCAGAGGAUUGCGACUAUGAUGACCCAUUUUACAUAGAAGCUGCAAACGUUGAUUCAAGUCUAUUGCAGUUGGAAUACUUAACAUACUUGGACCUCAGCCGAAAUCAUUUCUAUGGGAGUCAAAUACCAAUGUUCUUCGGCUCUAUGCAACGUCUCAGGUACCUUUCUCUCUCUGACUCUUAUUUUGGUGGCAGGAUUCCGAGCAGCCUGGGAAAUCUCAAGAACCUGUCCCUUCUUGAUCUCAGUUGGAAUUUUUAUUUAGAAGCCAAUGACAUCAAUUGGAUCUCUCAACUCGAGUCAUUGGAACACCUUGACAUGAUUGGUGUUUACCUUGGGGACGCACACAAACUAUUUCCUUUAGUUAACAAGCUUCCUUCCUUGUUACGUAUUUACUUGCGUGAUUGUGGUCUUCACAGUUCACUCAUGCCUCUUGUUAAUCUCACUAAAGUUCAAGUUCUUGACCUUGGGGAAAAUCAACUUACACUUCCACUUCUCUAUAGUUUCCAAAACAUGACAUCCCUCGUCCACCUUGAUUUUUCAGGGAAUCAGUUCGAUGGAUCAAUUCCUGAUGCUUUUAGAAACUUGACUUCCAUUCAAUUCCUUUACCUUUCUGACACCAAUAUAACUUCAAUUCCAUUAUGGUUUCCAAACUUUGACAAACUUGUGCAUCUUGAUCUUUCAUACAACGGGCUUCAUGGUCAAAUUCCUGAUGCCUUCAAAAAUAUGCCUUCCAUUCAGUUCCUCGACCUUUCGUGGAACUAUUUUACUUCAGUUCCUUCGCGGUUGGCCAACUUUAAGCUUGUAGAUAUUGAUCUUUCAAUGAAUAUGCUCCAUGGUCCAAUUCCUGAGGCAUUUCGAAACAUGACUUCCAUUCAAUCCCUCCAACUUUCAUAUAACGCUUUCACUUCAGUUCCAUCAUGGUUUGCUGAGUUGAAGAGCCUUGUCCAUAUUGAUCUUCAUCAAAAUGAACUCACUAUGAUGGAUUGUUCUCUUUCAUCAAUUCUCAAAAGCAUGUGUCAUUUAAAAAGCUUAGAUUUAGCAGAAAACAAGCUUCGAGGGGAACCAUUUGGACAUCAUGAAUUAUCUGGAUGCAAUAAAUAUGAUUUGGAAGAACUGUAUUUAACUAAUAAUGAAUUUAGUGAUCAGUUGCCAACUUGGUUGGGACAACUUGAAAAUCUAAAAAAUCUUGAUUUGAGUUCAAAUUUUUUUCAUGGGACUCUUCCCCAAAGGCUAGGGAAACUUGUAAAUCUUCAAUAUCUUGAUCUUUCAAACAAUUCUUUUAUCGGUCCUAUUCCUUACAGUUUCAAUCAACUUAUAAAUCUUCAAAGUGUGGAUAUUUCAUCAAAUAAGUUAGACAGAAUGAUUUCUGUGGGAAAAGAGUGGUCUUCAAUCAUGCCUCGGUUAGAGUUUUUGAAUCUCUCAAAUAACCAAAUCAAUGGUUCACUUCCAGGAAAUAUGGGCCAUAUAAUGCCUAAUUUGCAUACCUUGAUUCUCAAAAGUAACCAAAUAAGUGGCUCAAUACCAGUCUCUCUAUGCCAAGUUAUGAUAGGCUACCUUGAGCUUUCAAAUAACAACUUAUCUGGUGAAAUUCCCAAUUGCGGGAACCAUAAUCUAUUUCACUUGAACCUUGCCAAUAACCAAAUCAAUGGUACACUUCCUAAAAACAUUGACCAUAUAAUGCCCCAAAUCACGAAUUUGUUACUUGGGAAUAACCUCAUAAGUGAUUCAAUACCAACCUCUUUGUGCCAAAUGAAGUUGGUCAACCUUGACCUUUCAAAGAACAACUUAUCUGGAGAAAUUCCAAACUGUUGGAAGGAUAAUGAAAUAUGGACAGAAAUAAAUUUCUCAUCAAACAAGCUGUCAGGUAUGUUUCCAAGUUCAUUGGGAAAUCUUUCUUCAUUAUUAUGGUUGCAUUUGAAUAAUAACAGUCUUCAAGGAGAGCUUCCAAUGCCUUUGAGAAAUUUGGAGGAAUUGGUACUUUUAGAUCUUGGUGAAAAUCAACUUUCUGGGAGUAUACCAUCAUGGACCAUAAACAUUUUUCCUUCACUACAAAUUCUUAGAUUGCGAAAAAACAUGUUUACCGGUAAAAUUCCUUCCCAACUAUGCCAACUCACAACAUUAAAGAUUUUGGAUCUUUCUCAUAACAAAUUGGAAGGUUUCAUACCUUGGUGCAUAGGCAAUCUCAGAGGAAUGACUCUAAACAAAUUAUCAAACCAAGCAGAUGGAGAAUUGGCUCCCUUCCCUCAGAAUACAGCAAGGGCAGAACCUCCUGAACCUGAAUGGUAUAAAGAGGAUGUCAAAGAAACUAUGAAAGGAAUAGAACUUGAUUACAUCAAAAUCUUGAAGUUAGUAGUGAACAUGGACUUUUCAGAAAACAAUUUGAUUGGAUCCAUACCCAUUGGAAUAACUCGCCUUACUGGAUUGCAUGGCUUGAAUUUGUCAAAUAAUCAUUUAAAAGGAGAGAUCCCUAAGAUGAUAGGGAAUAUGAACUCAUUGGAAUCCUUGGAUGUAUCACGUAACCUACUUUCAGGCAUAAUUCCAAACAGCAUGUCUGCUUUGACUUCACUUAGUCAUUUAAACUUGUCACACAAUAACCUUUCAGGACCUAUUCCCAAAGAUAAUCAAUUAUUAACUUUGGAUGACCCAUCUAUUUAUGUUGGUAACUUGUAUCUUUGUGGAUCUCCACUUCCAAAAAAGUGUCUUGGUGAUGGUUUGUAUAUAGCCCCUGCAAGCAAAAGUAACAUAGAUGAUGAUGGCAACAAAGAUAAAAUAGAAAGAAUAUGGUUCUUCUUUGUCAUAGCAAUUGGCUUUGCAACUGGUUUUUGGGGAGUUAUUGGUUUUUUAUUGUUCAAGAAGAGUUUUAGACAUGUUUACUUUAGAUGGGUGGAUGAAAAAGCAGAUGAUAUUUAUGUAUCAAUAGUAAUCAAGAUGGUAAAGCUGAAGAAGUUAAUGGGGUUGAGAAAUUGUAUUCGUGGGUGA